ACGUGACCCCACCGAGCCUUCGUUUCACGCAUGGGACGGGCAGCAGGAGGAAGAUCCAGCUUCUGCUUUGCUUCAGUCAGACCUGCUGCAGGACAACGCAGAUCGAACAGAAUGGAGUCUGAAUGUGAGGUGGGUUUGGACGAGCUGUGUCCAGUGUGUGGAGAUAAAGGAUCUGGGUAUCACUACGGUCUGUUCACCUGUGAAAGCUGCAAGGGGUUUUUCAAAAGGACGGUUCAAAACAAAAAGACGUACACCUGUGUGGAAAACCAGCGGUGCAGAAUUGAUAAAACUCAGAGGAAACGAUGUCCUUUCUGCAGGUUUCAGAAGUGUCUUCAUGUUGGCAUGAAGCUGGAAGCUGUUCGUUCAGAUCGAAUGAGAGGUGGCAGAAACAAGUUUGGGCCCAUGUACAAGCUUGACCGAGCCCUCAAACAGCAGAAAAAGGCUUUGAUACAAGCAAGUAGAUUUAGCCUGGAAAGCAGCAGCUCUGGCCUGAUCUCCACAUCCCAGCAGAGAGACUUUACCUUCUCUGGUGGCCUCCAAUCAGUUGCCUUCAUAGACCAGCCUUCAUCCACGUCUGCAUUCCUGUCCUCCAGCUCACCUGCUGUUGUCCAGCACCAGUGGACUUCUCCUUCUAACACCAGCUUUUCAGGAUCAACAGACUUUACUGCAGGAUUCUUCAUGGAUCCACUUGAGCCGAUCUCAAGACUUGUAUUAACACAAGGUCCGAGGAUGCCUGAGCUUGUGAUGGAGCUUGUGAGGUGUGAUCCAGAUGAGUUGCAGCUGCGGAGGAAGAUCAUCACUCGACUCCAGCAGGAGCAGACGAGCUGCUGCAGGAACUCCGACAUCUUCAGCCUGUUGUACACCAUAGUUGAUCAGCUGUUGUGCUCCAUUGUGGAGUGGGCACGCACAUCCAUCUUCUUCAGGCAACUCAAGGUUAGUGAUCAGAUGAUAUUGCUGCACGUCUGCUGGAGUGAACUGUUAGUCCUGAACAUUAUCUCCAGACUGGUCCUUUAUGGUGAGGAAAGCAGUCUGCUGCUGGUCACUGGACAGGAGGUAGAUCUGCCAGAUAUAAUCUCCUGUGUUGGUCCUGCUUUUACCAGUCUGACCCAGAGAGGACAGGAGCUAGUUGAGAAGCUGACCAUCAUGAAGGUGGACCGUCAGGAGUUUGCCUGCAUCAAGUUCCUGAUCCUGUUUAACCCAGAUGUGAAGGAACUGGAAAAACAUGGAUUUGUAGAGUUUGUACAGGAGCAGGUUAAAGGAGCCCUGCUGGAGUACACGCUGACCUCCUCAUCUCAGCAUCCUGGUCGUUUCACCCACCUGCUGCUGAGUCUGUCUGAGCUUCGCUGCCUCAGCACACUGGCAGAAGACGUCUUAUACUGCAUGCACCUGACGAGGGAUCGACCCUGCAACAACCUGCUCAAUGAGAUGCUGCAGGCUAAGCACAGCAGUGUAUGAAAACUCAUCUACACAUACUCUGUAAUGGAAGCAAAAGGAACUGCAGUUAAUGAUAAUGUGUAAAUUUUGGCCCUCUCAGUGUCAUUGCAUUUGUUGAGAGGAUAAAGUUCAGUGGAUCUGCUGUCACCAAAUAACGUGCUUUAAUAAUUUAAAUGUACAUUUUGCUGAAUGUUUAAAAAAAAUGCAAUAAAAAUUCAUUU